CCGGACCGAGUGUUGUGAGUGCGUGUGCGGGCCACGCUGUCUAGGGGAACAGGUGCAAAGACAGCGUGCCCGAGCUUGCGUUGGGGAAAGGAAUUGUCCCGGAGCUGCGAGCCCGGCAGUGGGCCACGGGCCCAUACCCGAGCUGCGCAGGUGUACGCUGGCAGCAAAGAUGCCGGCUCGUUGCGUGGUGGCCGGCAGGUCUUGGUGGGGUGUUCGGCCCCUGUGGGCAAGGAGGUGGGGCGCAAGGAUGUCCCGAGGCUGUGGAGUAAGGCGCCGGGUGAGGUCUUCAGUGCGGCGGGUGCGCUGUAUAAGCAUAGGUCGGCGGGCUCUGGGGAGGAGACGAACUCCGGAGCCCCGUGGGGUAAACAGGGCCUCUGGGACACCUGGGACUGCAGGCUCAGUUGAAGCAGGAAUGGACCCAGGGAUAGUGUGGGUGAACGGGGCUGUGGGCGAGCCCGAGGUGAUAGGGCCCGCUGGGUCUGUGUGGGUCACUGGAUCUGGAAAGGAGGAGCCAGACAAUAGUAAUCCACCAAGCUGUGAGAGAAAAGGUCGACCAGGAACACUUGGCCACGAGAGCAUCCUGGAACUGUGGUUGAAGGUGCAAGCUAUGAGGGUAGCUUCAGGAUGCUGGGAAGGAAGCAGAGUGGAGCUCCAUCCUGUUCCUGCGGGAGAGGGGCCAGUCGAAAAGGGUGUUCCCGGGCGAGCGUCCUGGGUAGAGACCAGCAGAGGUGGUGUCACAGGACCCUGGGUGAGAGGACAUGCUAGGACUUUCCCCCGGGCCUCAGGACUACCCCCAGCUAGGGGAAUAGAGACGGGUUGUGAGAGACUCUCCACCUUCUGUAGGCAGGGACAAGCUGGGAAGGCGCCUCCUGCUGUGGGUGGGCCUGAGGUAGUGGAGAAGAUAGGCUCUGCUGCCUCGGGCCCUUGGGAAGAAAGACAACCAGUGGGGCUACCUGUGGCCAUAGGAUGGUCUGAGGCUGUGAAAAGGUCCAAAGCUGGAGAAGUGAUGGAAUGUGGGGGUGCCCAAGGUUCAUGUUGGGGAGGGCAGUCUGUGCACGUUUCUGGGCCUCUGGCAGAGGAAGCUGUAUAUAGGCCCAUGUUAUGGGAAAGGGGGGAAAUUGUAGGACCGCCUGAUGCCUUGAUGGUACUACCCAGGGCUAUGGAAGAUGAAACUGCCUCCCGGGCAGCCACAGGGUUGUGGCAAAGGAGACAAGAGGUGGAGGAUAUAGGUUCUAGGGGUAUUCCUGGCCUGAGGGCCGUGGGACGGUAUGUAGGAGUGCCUUGUGCUAGAGAAGAGGGAGCCAGAUGUGGAGGUGACCCAGGGUCAUGGGGAGCUGCACAGGCUGCAGAGCUGUCUGCUUCUGAGGAGCUAGAGGCAGGUUCUUGGGGUGCCCAGGGCCCAUGGGGUGUAGAACAGGCAAUGGGAGCACCCAGGGCUUUGGGAAAGGAGGCAGAUGAUGCAAGUGUUCCAGGACUGUGGGAAGCAGGACAGCUGCCAGGCUUGCAGACUGUGGUGGUGUCAGGAGACAGGGGAGAAGAAACCAGCUAUGAUGUUUCAGGUCUGUGGGAGAGACAGCAGUCUCCAGGGGCUCCUCUAGCUGAGGCAUUACCAGGGCCAGUUAUGGAGGAGACACAUGGGAAUCUCCUAAGCCUAUGGGAAAGAAGGCAGGUCAUGGGGGAGCAAGAGGCUCAAGGUGCUGCGGCUUUAGGGAUACCCGGGGCUAUGGAUCAGGGUGUCAGUUGUAGAGCUCUGUCAUGUCCGUGUAGGAGGAGGAGGGCAGUGGGGGUGUUAGAGACAGUUGUGAUGCCAAAAUAUAGGUGUGCCACAGAAAGAGUACCCUCGGCUCUGGGUGUACCUGAUGCCUUGUGGGUGUGUCAGGAAAGCAGAUCCACAGAUACUGUGAACCUGCAGGGAAGGACUCCUGUUGCCUCUGGGAAGCCCAGGGCUCCUGAGGAAUACUCAUCUGUGGUAGAGGGUACUGAGUCUGGGACUCUCUCUGGUUCACAGGGAAGGAGACAAGCUGUUGGAGUUCCCAUGACUCCUGAGAUACCUGGUUCUCUGGAGGUAGAGGCUGGCUCCAGAAGUUUCUCAGGCUUGUCAGGAAGGAGGCUAACUGUAGGUAAACCUGUUACUGCAGGGAUAUCCCCUGAUAGUGUGGCCAUGUCUCCCAGGACAUCUUGUUCUAUGUGGGAGCAUAUUAGUUCUAGGAGAGUCUCAGACUCAGCAGAAGGCAGACCACCUGCAGGGGUAUCCAUGACUGUGGGGCUCCCCGAGGCCACAGGGGAUGAGAUACUAGCUGAGGGUUUACAAAGAAGACAGUCUGCCUCGAUGCCCGUGGCUGCUAGAAUUGCCACAACUGUGGAAGCACCCACAGCUUGUGGGCUCUUCAGGCCUCACAGGGUGGUGGAUAGUGCCUGUGGAGAAAGCUCGGAGAUAUGGCAAAGAAGACAAAUGACUGAUUUGUCCACUGUUGCCAGAAUCCCUAACCUUGAGAUGGAAGCAGGCUCUGAAGGUGUUCCUGGUCUGUGGAGGAGACACAGUGGGGUAGUUCCUGAGGUAGUGAGGGGGACAUUGCAUCAGGGGACGCUUGCAGCUGUUGGGGCUCCCGUGGUCAGACAUGUACCUGCUGCAGUGUGGGUGACUGGCUCCCCCAGAGAGGAGGCAAAUGGAGGUGUCUCUGACCUGACAGUGGUUAGGAGACAGCCCGAUGUUGGAAUAAGGGCAUCAGGGGAGGAAACAGGGAGUAGAGGGGUCCUGGGACUUGCAGGGAGGGGCCAGGCUGUGGGGAUGUCUUACACCCAUGAGCUUAGUGCCAGGAUGUGGGGCAGUCCAAGGUCUGUGAGGGAGGAAACAACCUAUGAGAAUGUUCCCAGAGUAUCUGCAGUGAGAACAACUGUGCCCUCAGUUUCAGGGGAGGAAACAGGCCUCGGCCAUUUCAGAGAGAAUCUGCAGGGCAAUGGGGGCAGAGCUGUACGAAGAGUUCCUGAAGCUAGAGUGAGAGGGAAUGGUUUGGGGGAGAGGAAGGAGGGUGGAUUGAGGGGCACCUUCCAGUAGCUAUGUAGAAAGCAAGUUGGAAAUUGUCCUGGGAUUCUGGGAGGGAAGAGGUUGGGGAGCGGUUUGUCUUGGGUCUAAGUGAAGGAACAGAUUAGUGUAGGGACCUCAUGGUUCCCUGGAGAGAUACUUUAUGGCAGUGUCACAGGGUGUGCAGAGAAACUAACUGGGAGACUUCUGGAAAGAUGGGGAAUGCAUUGGGAGAGGGCUAUCCUAGGACUUUGUAUAGGGGAAUGGUGUGGGGUGGGUGUCCCUGGACUUGUGUGUGAAUGUGUGUGUGGUUGAUGACUUGAGGUGUACAGCCCCAACUCUGCAGCUCAUUCUGUGGCUUCGGCUCCAGCCUUGUGGUACUGGCAGGCCAGUUGGCAUUGCCUUACUCAUGUGCCUCCCAUCUGCCUCUUGGAUCAUGUCUCCGUAGUCUUAGAAACAAGGAAUCAUGUACAGCUGUCUUUAUGUUCCUACAAAUGCAUCUGCCUUGAAGAGAAUCCAGUCUGUAAACUUCAGAUUUUUUUUAAAAAGUUUAAGCUAGUUUUUUUUUUUUUCUCUUUCUCUCUCUCUCUCUUAACCUGGAAUUUACCAGUUGAUUUACUGUAGGAUUCUUUGAGAGAACAAAUUCUCCAUUGUAUUUAAAACUUAUAGUUUCUCAGAAAAUUGUUCAACACAACCAUGUUGAGUUAAGUUGUUUCCUGUGUGCAAGUACUGAUUAUGGGAAAUAAGAGAGUGACAAGACCCUCAAGUCUCAGGGAGCCUUGUCCAGCUGCAAAGCUGAGACACAGACCUUGAAAUAGGAAGAUUUGCCUGAUGACUUGGUGGUCACUGAUGUUCUUUAUCACCUGAUGUGAUGGGACCAAGCCAGACAGCUUCUACCUGUGUUCAUCUAGCAUCCAGUAUCCAACUAGAUGGAAGGAGUGACCCUAGGACUCUUCAGCCUCAGAACCAGCUGCAGUUUAAUAGGAAUGUUCCUACACAUCCCAGCAACUUGGCAGUCCGAUACUCUUGUCCACAUGCAAUUAAAAUUGAAAAACUGAAACACUCAUAUAAUGAAUUGUAUCAUUGUAAAGACUUGGAUUUUAGAGCUGGAAAUGAUCUAAGCAGUUCUGUCUCAUUUUCUGUCAUAUCAGAAGAGAGGCUUAGCUAUGCUGUUCACCUAGCCAAAAGAGAUGUAAAACGAAGACAGUUUGAAGAACACAUGAAAGAUCAUCUCAGAAGUCAGCCCCAUGUCUCUCACAAAUGUGUACAUACCAAGGUGGAUAAGAAGGACUCAAAGAGUCAGAGUGUCUGUCAUUGCAGCCACCAGCCAUCUAAAGCAAGCGUCUCCAGCUCAGGUGCCAAGGUUUAUAUAUACACAUCUGAUCAUCCAGGGCGAUCAGAUCUUACUGUGCCAAAUUCACCACCUACCCAUGAUCCAGGACUUCAGCCACAGCCCAGGAUAGAGGAGCACAAAAACCUGUGGGAACAGAAAAGCCUUUUAGAAGUUCAGCGACUCCGAAAGGAAUUGAGCAGUUGUAUCCAUAAAAUAGAAGCAGUAACUAAAAAAGAUAGACUAGAAGAGGCUUUGGAUCCAGAUGAAGAGCAUCGAAUCCGAGUGAGGAGACAGGAGCAAGCUGUGCGCUGUGCUCGAACGCUCUAUGUUCUUCAGCAGCAGGUAAAAGAAGUCCAGGAAGAAUUGGAUAAACUGAGUCCACACAAAAUUAAACAUACUAAGAAGUCGUGGGCAAUGUCUAGGCUGGCGGCCGCUCAUCGAGGAGCCAUCCGGGCCUUACAGAUGUUUGUCACUCAGUUUACUGACCGAGGGGAGCACCCAGUUCCUGCUCGGUGUAAGGAACUGGGAAGCCUUAUUCGUCAGCUUUCACUGUGUUCUGCCAAGCUGGAUACUGAUCCUUCUGUGCCAGAUGUGGUCAUAGACAUCUUGCAUCAAAUUGAGGCUUUGGAGUCUCUCCUGGAAAAGAAACUGUCACCUAAAAAGGUAAAGAAAUGUUUCACAGAAAUUCGGAACAGAUUUCCUAUUGGUAGCCAAAGAAUCUUAGAGAGAUGGCCAACUGUACUUCCCAAGAAUGAGAGGAGACCCUUGGUCACAAAGGAGACAUUUCCACAGGAAGCCAGUCGACCUUCUGUGGCAAAGAGGCUUCUUGCUGAUGUCUGUCAGCCUGAUGUGGAGCUUCCAGUGACUCAAAGGCUGGAGAAUGAACUUGGUGUGGUAGAUGAGGAUACUCUUCCAGAAGAAGCCCCUUUUAUAUUGGGCCAUAGUACAGGCAUCAAGGAUGAAGCACUAACCCCAGCAAAAACACGAGCAGUGAAAAAGAAGACUGUAACAGAGCAUGCACCAUUUAGGAAGACAGAUACGUUAGAGUCAGCCAGACUGCAGCAGGGACUCCAUAUACCUGAAAGAAGUCGACCAAACCAACCUAACAGCAAAAGCAGGUUGCAACAGACAACAGUGUCAUCCAGAUUAAAAAUGAACCGACAGCCUGUGAAAGACCACAGGGCUCCUUGGAUACCUCCAAACCCCACCUCCCCACCAGCCUCUCCUAAAUGUGCUGCGUGGCUAAAGGUGAAGUCCAGUCCCUGCCGAGAUGCUGCGAAGGAACAGUCCCUCCAGCAGGAGGACGCCCACCAGGGAAGUCAGUUGGGAGGUGCUGCCCAGCAAGAAGCAGCCAGGCUUUCUUGGCCAGAUGCUGAGUCUUCCAAAAGAUUGAAGGAACUAGAAGAAUUGGAAGCCGAAGAAAUGGAAAGAAUGCAAAAGCAGAGGCUUGAGUGGCUUGAGGCUGAAACUUGUAGACGAACCAAGGAGCUGGAUGAACUGAAAGCCGAAGAGAUGGAUAGACUUCAAAAAUUAAGUGCCUCUGCCACCCAGUUAGCCGACAAGGUAGAGGAGGCAGUUCUGGAGCGGUUGAAGCCCCUCCUGAUCAAGGCCCAGAGAGUUAAUUCUUCUGUGGAAGCAAAUAGUCAUUUGAAGGAUCAUCUGUCACCGAGUGCAGCAGCAGCAGCAGCAGCAGCAGCAGCAGCCCAGCCUGCAGAGCAGGCUUCAGGUGUCAAUUAUGAAUCCAGGAAUAUUCAUCAGCUGGAUGACUGUUUAGAAGAUGCUGCUCAUGAGCUCUGGGCCAUGACUCAUGAUAAGAUCUUGGGGUUAGAAACUUCAGCCACAUUGGGGGACAGCAAGGACAGUCCUGAUCUACAGACCAUGAUACGCCGGAUGGAGGAAAUGGAAAAAUACCAGGAGACAGUUCGCCAAAGAUAUAAUAAAAUUGUAUACGCUGACCCUCACUUAUGGAUGCACGAAGAAAGAAAUGACCAGAACAACCCAGCAGUAAGUGAAAGACCUCUGGCUCCCCAUCCAAUCAAGAUCACUAAGACAGCAACUCCCAAGGAUCCAGCUGUGAAAAUCUUGUUAGAGAGGCCCUGCAAUGCCAACUCACUGGAUGAAAGUAUGGGAACAGAGGAGGAACCAGAGAAAAGAGAGGCCCCCUUUUCCUCCAUCGGAGAAGAUCUGUAUCAGAAAGAAGGCCGAACUCCCCUCUUUGUCCCUCCAGGGAUGCGGCACAGCAUUGGUGAUUACUGUAGCCAAUUUGAGCAGUUCCUACGGAUCAUAUCUCAUGAGGCUGUAGGCUCCUUCAACCCAUGGCUAAUAGCUGAAAGCUUUUCAGAUGAGCUGGUAGAUGAAGCCCUGGGGGCCGUGGCUGCGGAGCUGCAGGAUGUGUGUGAAGACUAUGCAGAAGCUGUGUUCACCUCAGAGUUCCUAGAGGCUGCUACAUGAAAGCUGGCCAGGCAGGGCCCUCAUAUCUCAGGAGGAGAGACAGCACCACCCUGUGCCAGCCCAUGGGGAACCUUUGUCCUCAGCUGCCCACUGAAGGGAAACGCCAGUGAGGUCAUCCUCACUCUGUAUUCUCUCCUUGUCUUAGCAGUGGUUCUGGAAGUUAUAACAGGAUGGGUUAUGUUUCUUAGUGCCUGAGGAACAUGAGAGGAUUAUAAUGAGACAAUAUUUUCAGAAUGUGUAAUUUUCUUGCUGAAAUGGUGUGUUCAUUCCUCUGACUCAGUUUGAAGAUCAAAAUGUUUUGAAAGGUAAUGGAUAAAGACAUUUCACAUAGGAAUCCCAACUUCAGUUGAACCACAGGGGAGGGCCUAUCAGUGCUAACCCAAAUGCAGUCACUGUCUGCUCCCAGCACCUGGCUCCUGGUAAAUGUAUUCCUCACAUUGUCACUGGUGCUGUCCUGUGAGGACACCUCUCCCUACUCGGGGGCAACCAACAUGGAAUGCAGAGUGUAGUGAUGCCACCAAGCCUCUCAAUUGUAGGAGUGGGCAGUCCGACACACGGACCAAACACCUUCCCCAAGUUUUACGUCCUAGGGGAUUUUUCAUGUUUUCAGUUCCUUGGAGUCAUUUAUUGCCAUUUUGAUACAUGCAGGUAUGAAAAACAUUUCUCUGAGCGCAGGAAGUUUGAGGCUAGGAGAGGGCAGGCCUUCCCCAUGCCAGCUCACUCUCCCAGAGGGCAGAAGUUCCUCUCCACACCACAGAGCAUCCCGUCUGAAGGAGGGAGCCAGGUGGGUGACUGGAAGACUUUUGGACUCUCCAGGGGACCGAAGAUGCCCAUAUGGCCUUUUGAAGGCUCGUAGGUCCUGGUGCUAAGAUUUUCAGAAACUCUGAAUUGAGAAAAAGAAGUGUGUAUAAAAAUAAGACAACUGCCUGAAAAAAAGCUUGCCUGGGUCAGUUAUCUGGGUGAGGUUUGGUGCAAGAAAUGGAAGAGCAGAGGGAAAGACGCACCCAAGGACUCACCUGAGUCUGGCUGCUGCAGACGCCCUAAGUAGCCUCCUGUGGUUGUUCCUAAGGUAUCAGAAGUUCAGGUGAUGAGUUAAGCUGCUUGGUCACACUUAUUUGUACAAAACUGAUUUUUGUUUGAUGUUUUCUUGUUUAAUGUUGUAUAACCUCAGAAUGUAAAGGAUAUCUAGGGUUCAUAGUCUUCAGUUGGAGAGUUAGACAUGUGCACUUGAGCCAGUAAAGCCCUUGUCUUGGUAGUAUAAAGUAUUUGUGUGGCAGUUUUUACUGUGAUGAUUUAAAACAAAAAUAAACUUGGUAUUUUAAAUUGUGA